AUGGAUUCGGGUAAUGAUUCAUCGCAGAAUGGCGAUUUUCGUUCUGACGUAUUGUCGGCCGUUGGAAUGACUCCCGGUAGUUCUUCCCUGAGUUUAAUUCAGAAUAAAGUAAGACAUGCUGAUCGGUUUUGGGUGCUUCCUGGAGAAAAGAUACAAAUUGAGGAGACGAACAUUGGUUACAUGUCACCUGUAGGCAAAGUAAAUGGUAGGGUACUUGUUACUAACUACCGCCUGCGUUUUGAAGCGAAACCAACCUCUGAAAAUCGUCAUAGCAAGUGUUGUCAAUUUGAUAUACCUCUGGGAUGCAUCUCAAGGGUUGAAAAGGUUGGCUAUUCAACGGUGAGCCGCGGCGAAGAUUCUUAUGGAUUAGAAAUCACUUGUAAAGAUAUGCGUAAUAUAAGGUUCACUCACCAGCAAACGAAUCACAGUAGACGUCCGCUUUACGAAAGUUUACAGCGAUUCGCUUUCCCAGUCACCAAUAAAUCUUCCUUCUUUGCUGCGUCUUUCAAGCCUGACUGGACUUUUGAUGGUUGGAAUAUUUAUGAUACUGUUCGAGAACUGAAUCGGAUGAAUAUACCAAAUGAAACUUGGAGAAUCACGAAGAUAAAUGAUCGAUAUGAUUUCGCCGAUUCUUAUCCUGCUUUGCUAGCUAUACCAGCGACAGCUAUGUUAGAGGGUGAAGAUUUUUUGCAAAAAGUUGGGGAAUUCAGGAGUAAGCAGAGAAUACCUGUCUUGUCAUGGUUGCAUCCUACUUCUCAAGCAUCAAUAACACGAUCAUCACAACCAAUGGUUGGAGUUACAUCUCGAAAAUCUGCUGAAGAUGAACGAUACUUGCAGAUGAUCGUUGAAGCAAAUGCUCAUGCUCAUCAACUUCUUAUAUUUGAUGCUCGUCCGGCCGUCAAUGCUAAAGUUAAUAAGGCAAAAGGUGGUGGUUUUGAAGAUUCAUACUCCAACAGUCGAUUGAUAUUUCUGGAUAUACAGAAUAUUCAUGUAGUUCGAGAAUCGCUAAGAAAAUUGAAAGAUGUAUCGUUUCCUCGUGUUGAUGAAAAGAAUUGGUUUCGUGUAUUGGAUGAAACGAAAUGGUUAAACCACAUCCAGACAGUUCUGGAUGGUGCAACCCAAAUUGCUCGAGAAGUAGAGGAUAACAAGGCAUCUGUGUUAAUUCAUUGCAGUGAUGGCUGGGAUAGAACUGCCCAGUUGACUUCAUUGGCAAUGCUGGAGUUGGAUCCAUAUUAUCGAACUAUCCAAGGGUUCGCCGUAUUGGUAGAAAAGGAAUGGUGCAGUUUUGGCCAUAAGUUCGCCCAUCGUGUGGGACAUGGAGAAGAUAAACAUAGUGAUAGUGAGAGAUCUCCCAUAUUUUUACAAUUUAUUGAUUGCGUGUGGCAAAUCAUGAAUCAGUUCCCAUAUGCUUUCGAAUUCAAUUCAUCAUUCUUGAUAACAAUACUGGAUGAGUUAUAUUCUUGCCGUUUUGGGACAUUCUUAUACAACAGCGAGAAGCAGCGGCAUCGUGAUCAACACGUAAAGGAAAACACAGUAUCACUAUGGUCUUACAUUAUUACCGAAAAAAGGCGCUUUCUCAAUCCAUUCUACAACCAAUAUCCUCGAUUUGUCGAUGUGCUGCGUCCCAAUACCCGGUUAAUGUGUAUCAAAGUGUGGAAAGACUAUUAUUUUCGCUAUAAUCCAGCAAUUGUUGCACAGGACCAUGUGGAUGUUGAAGCUCUUGUGAACGAGAAGAUCUUACAGAAGGUUGAAGCUUUGAAAGCUGAAGUGAUUAUGCAUGAGCAGACUCUUAGUAAAACAGUUCCGAAUGCAGUUUAG